GAGGGUAGGAGACACGAGCUCUGUUUGUUUCGACACAGACCCUUUGCUGGGCAUGUGAUGACAGCCGGAGCUCCUCUGAGCCUCUUCUCGGUCGCUUCGCAAAGUACCAACUCACAGCGUUGAUCGCUUUAGUUGCAUCAUGGCUAUGAUGUAAAAUAGGCGCAACUUCCUGCGUGGCACGUCCCGUAGCUCGCGUAUCCCACAGUGAAACGGGAGUCUAGCAGUCUCUUCCGUUUAUGGUACCACCAUAGCAACCGAACUGUAACGAGGCCCAGCACUAUUUCAUCGUCGUUUGGAUUCUGCUCGCAGUGUGACGCAGCUGGAAUGAAGGAUAUCAGGCAGGGCAGGACAUAAAAUGCGGAUAGAACUAACAUCGAAAGCACGAGUGGAUGCUGACAGAGUGUUCGGUCACCUUUCGCCUAAUGGCGCCGCCCUGGCCAUCGUGGCCGCAGCCGCAUGCUCUGUGUAUGCUUCCGCUCUUGGAGCUGGACUUGUCUACGAUGACUUGGCAGCCGUGCGUGACAACCGGGACAUUCGACCCUCCACGCCUAUCAGCACAUUGUUCUCGAACGACUUCUGGGGCACACCUAUUCACAAGGAGCAGAGCCACAAGUCAUACCGCCCGCUGACUGUGCUCACCUUCCGGUUCAACUUCGCAGUGCAUGGAUUGAAUCCGUUUGGCUAUCACGCGGUUAACGUUCUCCUCCAUUGCCUGGUCUGUCUUCUCUAUCACAGGGUAUGCCUUUCGAUAGUGCCAGCAUUUACGAGUUUGCUGGCGGCGUUGUUGUUCUCCGUCCACCCAAUUCACACAGAAGCCGUAACAAGCGUCGUGGGCCGAGCCGAGCUCUUAUCGGCACUGUUCUUUCUAAGUGCCUUAAUUUACUACAUUGGCAGCAGUCGCAACAGCGUGCAGUGGCGGCGCUGUUUAAUAACAAUAGCGCUGGCUUCGACAGCAAUGCUCUGCAAAGAACAAGGCCUUACUGUGAUUGCACUCUGCUGUGUUUAUGAGCUUCUAUCUGUCAAGCCCUAUAAAAAGGUGUCUUCACCCCUACGGCUGGUGCCCAGCCAUACAGUUCAACGUGUUGGUGCUUUAAUUCUCUCAGGAGCUGUAGUCUCCUUACUGCGCCUGCACCUUAACGGCAUACAACCUCCGACUUUCGACAGACUGGAAAACCCAGCGUCCAUAGCGCCAUGGCCCAUACGACAACUGACGUACAACUACCUGGUAGCCAUCAACGCCUGGUUGCUGGUGUUCCCCUGUGAUCUGUGCUGUGAUUGGACAAUGGGGACUGUGCCUCUUGUGACGUCAUUCAAAGACGCUAGAAAUCUAGCGACAGCAGCGACAUAUACAAUACUGGUGCUCACCGUAGUGACAACAUCACGAACUGAGUAUCACGUGAAGGUGCCGUUGACAAUGGCGCUUGCCAUGUUGGUGAUCCCUUACCUCCCUGCUUCACAUCUGCUUUUCCCUGUCGGCUUCGUGGUGGCAGAGAGGGUACUCUACCUUCCGAGCAUGGGUUUCUGUCUCCUAGUGGCCUUGGGCUUCAGUCGACUGUGCUAUCACAGGUACAAUUCCAAUCUUCUAAAAACAGGCCUGGUUAUCCUACUCGCGUCCCAUGCAACAAAGACUUUUCUCCGCAAUUACGACUGGUGCUCGGAGCAGUCCUUGUAUGGUGCAGCCUUACGAGUGAACCAAAGGAACGCAAAGAUGUUUAACAAUAUGGGUCGAGUUUUGGAGUCACUUAACAGGCAUCAAGAGGCAUACAUGCACUACAAAAAAGCUAUUCAGAUUCAGCCUAAUGACAUGAGGAGCCAUCUGAACUUAGGCCGCUCUCUGACCGUGUUAGAUCGCCAUCAAGAGGCCGAAGCCGUUCUUCGCCAGGCUCUCUCCCUACACCAAUCCAAGGUGAACAAGUCAAAGGAAAUACGAGUAACUUCGAAUCACCUUCGUGUGUACCUCAGUCUAGCAUCUCUGAUUUCGCAGAACUCAAGCAGACUUCAUGAGGCUGAUCAGCUGUACAAGCAAGCUAUCAGUCUCCGAUCGGACUUUGCAGACGCCUACAUAAGCCGUGCAGACUUCCUGCUGAGACGUAACAGAACAAAGGAAGCGCAGGACAUGUACGAGAAAGCUCUGGAGCUGGAUGAGAACAAUCCCAGUGUCUAUCACAACCUAGGUGUCGUCUUGAUGAACCAAGGCCGUAGUGAAGACGCCAUUACUUUUUUUAACCGGGCCGUCGAGUUGGAUCCCUAUGACGAACGAACACAGAGUAAUUCCGUGCUCCUUUCGCAUGAAACAAACGCCUCGCAGGGUACAAGAACAGACUACGACAGGUCACCGAGACGAAAGGAUGAGGGCCAGCAUCACGAGCGUACAUACUUCCACAUGGCCAUGAUGGCUCUUGAGAAGAAGGAUGCGAAAGGUGCCGAGAGAUGGUUUCGAAAAGCAAUCAUGGUUCAACCAGACUUGCGUAGCGCUCUCUUCAACUUGGCUUUGCUGCUGUCAGAGCAGCAGAGACCCACGGAAGCCUUGAUGUUCCUCACGGAGCUUCUGAAGUAUCAUCCGAAUCACAUAGAAGGCCUGGUACUCCUCGGCGACAUCAACGUGAACUUUCUCAAGGACCUCGAAGCUGCUGAACUGUGCUACCGAAGAAUACUUAUGUUGGACCCGCGGCAUGUGCAAGGCUCACACAACCUUUGCGUUAUCUACGUAGAACGUGGAGAGCUGUUGCGAGCAGAAACGUGCUUCCGUCAUGCUACUACUUUGGACCCCAAUGCUGAAUACAUUCGUCGACACCUCGAGGUUACUCAGAGCCUUCUUCGCAACCAGUCAGAAGAAUCUGCAGCUAUUUAUGCUAACGUCCCAUCAACAUUGAAAGACAUCACUUCAUCAUCUACUGUUCGAUAAUACUUGCUUAUAUUGACCAGAUGCACGGUGCAUCCAUCGUCAAGCGUGUCUGGCUUGACUUGACUCCUGCAUGUGUUUCCGCGCUGGAACGGACGCUAUAUUCUUGUCACCUUAUGCAGGCUAAUGUAGAAUACGUAACUGCCACUGAAUAAUCGGUGUCCCCUACCCCUUCACGUGACAUUGUUGAAUGCUGUUUAACCGAAGUUCAAUGCUCGAGGUGAAAUCACCACAGGACUAUGGAGCAAGAACUCUAUAACCACAUAGUAGGUGUUUGCACCGCCAUGAUCAACCUGAUGCUUGAGGACUUGCUGAUCACCAGCUCUUACCAGCAAAAGGGAUACAUGGAUACAUGGUUUUCAUGCGCUUUGGUGUGCAUUUCAACAAAGACUCAGUCGAUGGGCAGCGUUCUGCCAUAUCCUAUAGCGUUAUGCUGUGUUGAGGUGCUGUGAACUACAUCUGAGGCCAGGUUUCCGAAUGCAGAGUUCCGCAUGAUGCUGCAUAUUCAGACAAGGCAACGGCCUACGGAGACAUCGUGAUAAAUGUUGUUUGUGGCUGCCCGUAGUUCAUUAGGCAGGCAGUGCGUAUGGAAUUGAGCCUUGAUCACAUAAAAUGAUGGAAUUGUUACAUAACUACGUCCGUGCAUAUACUGUCACAUACUAGGAGGCACUGAAGUACAUUGCAAACGAGAUCAAGUACAUACAUAUAAAUAUUUUACAUUUAUAAACUGUAAAUAUUUUGUGUACAGUGAACAAUUAUACAUUUUCAAAUUGUAAACGUGCAUGUUGACUGUGGGAAGCGGGUGCAAGUAGCCGGUGCGCGUGCCGACGACAUGGUGCACCUUAUACGUGCCCAUGCUGUUGUAUAUUUAGAACGAGAGUAUUGUUAUAUUUAAUUGCUAUAACAAGGCUGCUAAGCUUGUGGAUAUCGACUGCACAGCUGUCUAACAAAGAAAUGAUAGUUAAGCACAAAAUAACUAGAGCUUGAUAUACAUCACACUGAGUAGCUUGUUAUCUCGGGAAAGCGUGUUGCCAGUGAUACGAAACGCUUAUAUGCAGUUGUGCCUGGUUAAUACGGGUCCUCCUGAUGGGCUUUUUUUCUUCUUUGUUUCGUCCCGGACACAUUACCGUCGUAGUUUUGUUUGGAUAAGGUCAGAUAAAGCUUUUCGCUUUCGCACAAGAAGAAUAUACAUGCAGGCGAUACGCAUUUAUGUACGGGGUAAUGGGCCUGGUUGCGUGGUAUUCUUGGGUGAGGAUGCGUGGAAAUGUAAUACCACUGUCACACGACCAUUCCAGUGAUAAUUGAAAUUAAUGACCAUUGAACAUCUCGAAAUACCAAUUCAAUCGUUUUGUAUCACCGUGCGUGAUGUCGAGAGUAAAAAAGUAAAAAAAACCAGAAAAGUAAUCGUAAUAACCACUAUCAUGAAGUCCCAUUACUUUUCAUUAAAUGUAUUGCAGCUUUCUUUUGCGCUUUUGUUCAGUGCCUAGCAGAUCACUGUGGUCGAGGCUGCCAGCGGCACCUUUUGUGGACCUCUAACUGGCUCAGUGGCGUUUCACGAACCUCCAAUUACUCGAGGAGCAUCCGAGACAAUGGUAAUUGAAAUAUGUCCGUGUACAACUGUCAAUCCUCAUUCUGUUCAAUUGUCAUUCACUUCAAUGACCGUUGAAAUGCCCGUGUGACGCUGGUGUAGCUCUUCCAGGAUGACAUGAUAUAGCAUGUAGAAGGAGGGUGAGGUAAAUGCGUUCUUCGACAGAAAGGCUUACGACCACCUUUUAUGCAGAAUUUGCGUCUCUGAUUGUUUAGCUCGUCGGCAGACAGGUGAAGUAACAUACCGGACAAAACGAAUACUUGUGAUAGUCACGCUUGGUUCGGAAAAUCAGAUACGGCUCGUGGCUGGUGCCUUCUUGUUAUUAGUAAGAACAAGGCGAUGAGCAGUGGAUGAUAAGUAUAGCAGAUAGGCCUUCGGGUUCUAGACGCUUUCAUUA